CGCGCGGCGGGCAGGGCGCGGAGUUUGGGUGUCACUCGCGCCGAAAAUGAUUGUCCCGCGGGUGGACCCACGGGCGGCGUGUGUCGUGCCGGCCGGGCCAGGGCAGGCGAGGUCCGGACCGGGGCCGCGGCGACAAUGGCCUCCCCCGCGACAAUAUGACCAGCGCACCCAGCGGGUCUAGUGAGGCGAAGGGGCGCAAUGGCGGCGGCCGCCGAGGGGGGCCGGCUCCCACUCAUGUCUCUGGAAAAAAUCUAAAUUACCCAUUCAGGACACCAAAAUUGAAACGAAAAAGUAACAAAUAAAAAAAAGCAAAUUACCCGUUCAAAGAAAAAAUAAUACAACAUGGAAAAAGAGACAAGUCGGCUAACCACGGCGUCGGCCGCGGCGAACGGGGUGGUGAACGCCGAGGGGCUCCCCGUCGGCGAGUCCCCGUCGGCCGUCUCCGGACGCAAGAACAGCGCGCGCCGGCCCCCCUCCAUCGUCAUCAACCCCAGCGUCCAGGUACUGUCGCGGCAGGCGUCUGGCGCCCCGGUCAGCCGCAGCCCGAGCGCCCAGCCUCCGAGCCAGCGGAGGAGCAGGUCGGUGUGCCACGUCCACCCGAGCUCAUGCCGCUGCGAGAAGUGCCCGUGCCCGGAGCUGACGGGGGCCGGGGGCGGCGCGGCGGCGGGGCUGCGCCGGGGGCCGUCCGGGUUCAGCUUUGGCGGUGGCGGGCAGCACUGGGCGUCGGCGGCGAUGGACCGUGGGCAGGCGGGGGCGGACUGCGGGUACUGCGGCCGCCUGUACCUGGGCCGGCCGCCGCCCUUCCGCCGCCGGCAGCCGCCGCCGCUGGUCAUGACGCGCGUGCCGCGCUCGGCCGGCCGCUACCCGACGCGCGGUGAGCUGCUCACCGGGCUCACGCCCACCAUCUGCUGGGCCAACUGCGAGAAGGGGCUGCCGCUGCCCCCGGGCUGCCCGCGGAACAUGCUGCACUCGCUGCGCGCGCCGCCCGAGCUCUUCGAGGAGCUCGAGCCACAGCCGGUGGGGCCGUACGUUCGUGUGCUGGCGCCGCGCUGGCUGGACUGGGUCGACGAUCAGACGUGCGCCUUCCCGCCGCCGGACGGGGAGCGCGGCGAGAACCUCCAGUGCGCGACCUGCGCCCAGCCCAAGGAGGAGCCCGCCGAGGCCGGCAAGGGCAAGAAGAAGCGGCGCGGGGAGGCCGAGGCCGAGGCGGAGCAGGGGCCGCCGCCGGAGCUGCCCGCGGCCCCGGGCGCCCCGGACGCGUCCCCGAGCAAGGCGGUGCUGGUCGGCAGCAAGGCCACCCUCGGCAGGGCCAGCCGCGGGGGGUUGUCGGCCAGGCCCUCCGGCGCGCCCGUGUCCGUCAAGCUCUCCGGGGCGCCCGUGUCCGUCUCCGCCAAGCCUUCGGCCGCCAUGUCUGCGCGGGGCUCCGCGGCCGGGGCACCCGCCUCGGCCCGACCGUCCAUCAGGUCCGCGAGCUCCCGCGGGCAGGCGCCCCCGCCUGAGCCGGGCCUGGGCGACAGCUCCACAGCGGUGCGCAAGCCGUCCGGGUCCCUGGCGCUCCGCCAGGACUCGGCCAUGCCGCUGCCGGGGGUGACCAGCAGGAGCGCCGUGUCGGUGAAGCCGCCUCUGGACGGCAUCCGCGAGAGCGCCACCUCCACCCCGGUGGCCGAGCUGCCGCCACCGCCGCCACCAGAAGAACAAGAGGCCGUCGAGGAGGUGCCUGAGGAUGCGGUCGAGGAGGCGCCUCCAGAACCGGUCGAGGAAGCGGCCCCGGAACCCGUCGAGGAGGCGGCGCCCCCGGAGCCCGUCGAGGAGUCGGUGGCCGGCGAGGAGGGCGCGGUGCCGCCCGAGGAGUAGGACCACCUGUACGGCCUGUCCAGUAAAUGCCACCCUACACGUCGCACUGGUGCACCUCCAGCCGGCGGCGGCAGAGACUAAUUGAAUUUCGCGCGAGAACAAAGGUCCCGGCGUGCCGAACAGAACGGCCCCGCGUCGGAAUACAUAAUCAGGCUGCUGCGCGCUGCGCGCUUGACUCAUCUGGGCAUGUCGAGAGGAGUAGGCAACUCCAGCGCCGCUCGUGCUGCCGCUGCGUUGUGUUGAAAGAGACGCCGCCCCGCGCCCCGCCCGCCGCGCUUCGGCCCUCUCCCUCACCUACAGGCGAUAUGAUAAAAGCCUGGGGUCACCCGAGGCAUGCG